AUGCCAUCGUUAGAUAUUCCUACUGACAAUUCAAAUGCAUUUACCGUAAUAAACCAUGAGGACGAAAAGCAUAUUGUAAAACACGUGCCGCUACCGCGUAUCGUAAAUGUUGUUAAGCCGCUCCAGCACGAUGACGGCCGCACUCACCUACCGAGCGCGACGAAAGAGCAGCUGACGGAGAAAAUGGUCGCUGCAGUCGCUCCGCAGACUAUUCUCGAUCCUAAAUUCACUCGGGCGCUCGAUUUCAAACUCCGUCGUCUGAAAGAGAAAGAAAUUUUGGAGGCCAAUCUUCGACGGCCAACACGCCAUCGCCGUCGCGCCGGAGGCUUAGCGACUUCCAAUCCUAAUCUGACGUGGAAAGAUCAAACACCUCCAAAAAAAAUGUUGAGUCAAUCUCAGCCUCGAAUUGAUAUAAUAUCGAGUGAGUGUGAGAGGACGAAAAUAUCUCCCAAAAUAGCUAAAUCUCCAUCAACAAAUAAAAACCGUAGCAAAGUCUCUGGGACGAGCGAGGGAGACAAACCAAGAUUCGUAACUACGGUAAAAACUGGUCAGUUUCUCCUUCCACCACCGGACGUCGCUUGCCUCCUUGGAUUAGAAACACUAUAUCCAGCUCAGGAAAGAGAAAAAAUUGUAUAUUCCUAUGCAAGUAAACCGAAGGCUGUAACGAAUAGGAGCAAACGAUCCGUGCCUGAAAAGAAAGUGGAAACAAUACCAAACGGUGUGCCUCCUGGAAUAAACAACGAGAAGCGAGUCAGCGGCGGUGAAGUUUUCAGAGGAGUUCGAGCGCUGAUAGCAGGUGUCGCCGGUGUCAAACAUCUUCUCGAGGAACAUGAUCAUGUUGGUAGUAUGGCGACGGGUGCGACAGGUGCAACGGGCAACACAGGCUACUCCAAUGUUAUGCACGACAAGCGAGUUGUCCGCGGCAGCACUUUUGGAGCACACCCUCACGCUGCUGGCGAUGGCUUGGAGAGCGGUGCUGCACGAGCAGCGCGGACGAGAAGACGCGCACUCGCUAGACGCGCCGCGCUGGCGCGCCUCCGACCCGGUACACCACCACCUGCGCCUGGUCGUCGACAUCACCCGAUACAAACAGAGUAUUACCUCGAGGAGCUAUUCGAUAAGGGGGUAGAAAUGGAGGUAGGUGUCCAAACGGACCUGUUCGUGGAUCGGCCCGCGACGCCCAUCUACGUACCUGCGAAGACUGGUGCUGACGCCUCCACGCAAAUACAACCUGGAGAUCUAUUCGACUUUGACCUGGAAGUGCAACCGAUAUUAGAGGUGCUAAUUGGGAAGACGACAGAGCAGGCACUGGCGGAAGUGGCGCAGGAAGAAGAGUUGGCAACGCUACGCGAGCAGCAACGCCGCUACCGGGAACUGCGUGACGCGGAGCUCGCCGAGCGACAGCGGCUUGAACUACGGGACGAACGAUUAAACCAAGAGAAGGAAAGGCGCGUGGCGGAAGCACGUGCGGCUCGAGUGGCUGGCGAAGAAGCGCGCGCAAGGGUGGCUGCCGCGACGCUGGUGCAAGGCUACGUCGCGGAACUCCUGCCGGCUGUGCUAGCUGGGCUGAGAGAUUCUGGCUACCUCGUACGACGCAUGCGGAGAGGAGUUGAAGAGGAGUUUAUGCCUUGGCUGAUACAAGAAGUGUCUCACGAGAUCGAGUCAAUAAUAACGAGUAGAGACGUUAUCGCGGAGAUCGUUCGCGACGUGGUGGAAACACGCGCAGAACUGCUCGGAACAGAUGACCACGACUCUCAACGUGUAUCUCCACCUGACUCAAUCACGCCCCCCUCCGCACCCUCGGAGGAAGAACCGGAGGAGUGAUCGCUUUACGUGUAUUGGCUCUGGAUAAAAUUAUUAGUACAUAGUUAAGAAAUUUCUAUAUUUCUUGACGUAUUUCAAGAACCCGAAUUAAAACAUGUUAUUUUUCGAGUUUAUUAUUUCAAAACUUACAAUAUGAGGACUGGACUCUACAUUAGAGGUUAUAGUCAAUUUAAGGGCGUGUGACCGUUCCUACGUUUCCUAUUAAACAUAUGAUUUGGCGCCAAACAUGUCUCGUGAUUUAAAUAUAAACAUUCAUAGCAAUUUUAUUAUGCCUAUUGUCUAACCUAGCAUAUAACACUUGAAUAACAUAAAACGAAGAUAUUAAAGACAUCAUACAAAAUGUUUAAUCGCCUUCUUUUGUUUGGAAUUAUAAUGUUACAUUGACAACAUAUUCUGCACGUUUGAAGUGCUAUAAAAAUGACUUAUUAAAACAUUGUCGGAUCAUGUGCAAUUUUACUACCUACGAGUUACUUAUUAUGUUAUAUUGAUCGUCUUUAAAUCUUCUUUGAUUUGUUAACUUAA